GUUUGUGACCGUGACUUACAGAUUGCUACAGCAAGGAAGAAAUUUUGAAUAUUUUUGUGAAAAAAAAAAAAAAUAUUUUUUAUUUAUUUAUUUUUUAAAUAUUUCCUACGUAAUUUUGAAUCCUAGACACCUUUCUACGUUUAAUUAUUGGUGUAUAGGCUUCAUCAUCACUUUCAGAUGAUGAAGAAUUUAACUCCCUCACUAUUAACGCUAUUCCGGUUAAAAUUAAAUUUCUUCGCUCCAUUAUUAUUUUUAUCUUUCCCUCUCAGAAAAUAAAGAGGUUAAGAAACGCUAAUGGGUGUUCAUGAAGCUUGCUAUCGCUAUCGCGCUAUUGGCUACGCGAACAGUAUCAAUAGCGUUUGCGUUUACAGCAUUGACAGUGAGCUCCACGAACGUACCCUUAGUUUGGUUAAAUUUCAAGCGUUCCGAUCGGGCAUUGCGUUCCAUUUUAAGUUAAAGAACUUUGAAUAAUGAUUGCGGACGUUUACACGUGUAAUAAAAUAUAAAUAAUCUACAUUAUUCAUGUACAGUAUAAACCAUGGUUGUGUGUCCAACACAUGGCGCUUACGAUACAUUUUAACCUUAAUAUUUAUCGAAUAUUAAAUAAGAACAAAUUGUGUUUACAAGUGUUGUACUGUGAGCGCCAAAGAGAAGCCAGUCAUAUUUUAUUCGUCAUAUUUCAUUUGCAUAAACAAUAAUCUAUGGUCGAAGAUUUAAAUUUCAUCAGAAGUAGAGGCAAAUUCCGUUUUUACUUUAUUAAUAUUAAAAUCGGUAAUUAUAAUCAUAUAAACGUGCACACGCAAAAUCGUAAGGACUUCAUUCAUAAUCAAAAUUACAUUUUUACAGCAUAUUUAAUAAUUCAAUUUUGUUGACUCGACCCGACUUCGAGUCGGUGGUCUGUUCUUUUCAACGGAAUUUCUUGCACAGUUUAUCUCUUCUUUUGUAGCUAGAAAGAACGGACCGUCGACAAUCGAGUCGAAUCGCCAAUUGAUCGACCAUCGGGCGACUUUUCGAUAAUCGAUAUUUGAAAUUUGAACGCGAGUCUCGCAAACUGCACAACGAAACGCGUUUCGCGCGUUCUAAUUACUCCGCCACUUCGACUAGUGAGAUCCCCCCCCGGCAUCUUCGCGGCAUUGCGCGAGCGCGCGAUUCAGCGUUGCAGGUCGCCGGUCGCCGCGCGCCGCGAAGCCAUCAUGGGGGGCACUAUGGAACAAGCGGCGGCUUCGGUCUUGACGCGAGCGGUGGAGAUGGACAAGAAGGAGCAGUACACGAUGGCGUUGGUGCUGUACCAGGAGGGCGUCCAGAUCCUCCUCGACGCGAUGAAAGAGACGAAGGAAGCCCGCAAGGUAGAGUACCUGAAGGAGAAGGUGAAGGAGUACCUCACGAGGGCCGAGAAGGUGAAGACGCUGAUCAGCACGAGGAAGUCGGCCGGCACGUACAGGGAGUUGACCAGAAUCGAGAGUGGAUCGAUGGGGCACGGCUACGCGAGUGUCUUCGGCAGAUUCUUGGAUGGCACCGUGACGCACAUCGAGAUCGAAGAUCCGUACAUACGAGUCUUUCAUCAGUGCCAAAACCUGGUCAGAUUGUGCGAGUUGGCGGUUCAGAAGUGCUCCGCACUGUCAAAAAUAUCCCUGCUGACGACUUAUGAUCCGGAUGAGUCUCAGCAAAUCGGGAGAUUGGCUGAACUAAAAGAAAGUUUGGCGGCUCACCAAGUUUCCUUCGACUUUUCUUUUUCCGAGACAUUGCAUGACAGGCAAAUCAAAUUGAGCAACGGAUGGAUAAUAAAGAUCGGGCGUGGAUUGGACUAUUUCAAAGCGCCGGAGGGCAAGUUCGUUCUUGGCUCGUGCGAUUUGGAGUUAAGACCGUGCCUGGAGACUACCGUAGACAUUUUUCAUAAGAAUCAACUUAAGGGCGAAGCGCAUUAGGACAUAUUCAAUUAAUAAUAAGAUAAUGGUUAAUAUGGAUUUUUAUAUAUUUUUUAAUAAUAAAAAUGUGUACUAUAUGGCACAUUUUUUUAGCACAUGUGACACAAUAAAACAUUCACAUUUUUACAGUAUGCAGCCGUAUCAUUGCGAUACGGGUACGUCAAGUUACAUAUAAAUCUGUACAUAUUUAACAAAAAUAUUUGUUUUCCCUGCAUUACUCUCUUUUAUAAUGUAAUAAACUACUGUAUUAUAGUUCGCGAUUAUAAAAUGUAUUUACAUGUU